AUGGCUGCAGAGGCAGCAGAGUCCCUUCUGAACUGGAGUGAUGAGGCAUCUGACUCUGAGGCAAGCCAGGUAUCUGAGGAUCCAGAAGAUGAGCAGCAUUUUCUAGAUGGAGUGGAUCCUGACCUGGAGAUACCAAGAUCAGCUGUCUCUGAUGACCCUGAUUGGGUGCCAGAGAUGGAAGAUGAAGAGGAGCAGCCAUCCACAUCAACUCAGCCUCUGAGAUUGACACAAAAGAGAGCCAGAGAGGAAAGUUCAGAGGAAGGCUGUGACAGAGGGAGAGGACCAGUCUUCUGCCCUGCACGCACUCCUGGGCCGCAGCUCUUGGGUGGAGUUGAUUAUUCUGUCCUCGACCUCUUCCACCUUUUCAUCUCCAAAUCUAUGCUGAAGGAGAUUGUUCGCAACUCCAACCUCUAUGGAGAGCGAAUGCACCCUCAGGCAUGGCAGGCAAUCAGCCUUGAAGAUGUGUACUCUUACAUGGCUGUUGUUCUUUAUAUGGGCCUGGUGGACCUGAAAACCAUCCGGGACUACUGGAAGAGGUCAGACCUUUACAAUUUGCCAUUCCCUGCCUCAGUCAUGUCCGGCCGGAAAUUCAUUGCGAUCUCCCGCAGCCUUCACCUCAGCUCCCCUGAUAAUGAUGAGGCCAACACCAGGAGAAGGGGCACAGCCGGCUAUGACCGGCUGUGCAAGGUGAAACCUAUGUACAGUCAAGUCAGGGAGAUGUGCAGGGCCCACUUCCAUCCCAGGCAGAACAUCUCCAUUGACGAGAGGAUGUUGAAAUCAAAGGCCCGCACAUCCCUUCGACAGUACAUGAAGAGCAAGCCCACAAAAUGGGGAUACAAACUUUUUGUACUGGCUGACUCCUCCACAGGCUAUACCUAUGAUUUUUUUAUUUAUGAGGGCAAAGGAGCACCGAUCAUCAAGGGACUGAGUUAUGAUUCAGUGAUGAAACUCAUAGACGUGCCAGUGCUAGGGCAGGGCUAUAAACUGUUCGUAGAUAACUUCUACACCAGCCCUGCCCUAUUCUUGGACCUAUUAGACAAGAAAGUCUGGGCCUGUGGGACAAUCCGGGAGCAGCGGAUUGGCUUCCCCAGAGACCGGCCAGGUGGGCUGGACAGCAAGUCUCCCCGGGGCACCAUCCGCUGGAUCAGGGAGGGUCCAUUGGUGUUUGUACAGUGGAGAGACACAAAAAAUGUCAACAUCUGCUCCACCAUCCACCCGGCACACGGUGAGCAUACGGUGCAGAGAAGGGUAAAGGCAGAUGGGCAGUGGGCAGAACAGGCAAUCCCUGCCCCACCAGGGGUGUCUGACUACAACAAACAUAUGGGUGGGGUUGACCUGUCAGAUGCCAUGAUUGGCUAUUACAACGCGCUACACAAAACCAGGAAGUGGUACAGAACUUUUUUUGACCAUUUCCUGGAUAUCGGCAUUGUGAAUGCCUUCAUUCUGCACCAGGAGCUGGCCAAGGAGAGGCAACAGGUUCCUCUAACACAAAAAGAGUUUCGCGAAGCCCUGGUGCUGGAGCUGAAGGCAGCUGGCUCCCCCUCCACAACCCCCCCACAGGCACCCGCUCGUGCUCCCUCUGGUGCACCUCACAAGCCGCGGCACUACACUGUGGAUGGCACUGCAGGGAGACGGCGGUGUGUGCACUGCAGCAUGAAGACCACAGUGGAGUGCACAUCAUGCAGUGUGGCACUCUGCUUCACUGUCUCCAGGGACUGCUACAAUGAGUGGCACAAUGUAAAUAAUUUGUAA